GAAAAGGUGGGGCGGGAGAGGCUGCGGUGGGGGAGAGGCGGGCGAGAGCGCUCAGUAGGUUUGGGCCGCACUCGGUGCAGCCGCCAUUGCUGCCGCCGCCGCCGCCGCCGCUUGCCUAGAGGGAGCUGCGAGUUGCUGGCUCCAACUGAGGAUUCAGAAUGGGAGACAAACCUAUUUGGGAACAAAUUGGUUCCAGCUUUGUACAGCAUUACUUCCAGUUAUUUGAUACAGACAGGACUCAGUUAGGAGCAAUAUAUAUAGAUGCCUCAUGCCUUACAUGGGAAGGACAACAAUUUCAGGGCAAAUCAGCUAUUGUUGAAAAACUUACAAGCCUUCCCUUUCAGAAAAUACAACACAGUAUCACAGCGCAGGACCAUCAGCCUACACCUGACAGCUGUAUACUCAGUAUGGUAGUUGGCCAGCUUAAGGCUGAUGAAGAUCCUAUAAUGGGAUUUCACCAGAUAUUUCUAUUAAAGAACAUCAAUGAUGCUUGGGUUUGCACCAAUGACAUGUUCAGACUAGCAUUGCACAACUUUGGUUGAGACAGCAACCCCGAGGCACCUGUCCUUUUUCUUUUCUCCUCCCCCCUUACAGAUAUUAAUCACACUCAUGGAACAUUCCAAAUAUCAUACACAAACCUGCAACACCACGGCAAGCAAGCAAGACCUGUGACAUGCCCUUCCGAAGAGUUUUUAUUAUGUCACUAGAAGAGUUCCUUGUGCAUGAUGUUUGGAAGUUAGACUUAGCUGCAUUUGACAAGGGAAGUGUGUGUUUUACCCACCAGCCUGCCUCGGGAAGAAUCCAUAAUGCAAAAGGUUGUGUUUCUGUACUGACAAGUUGCUCUAAUAACCCAAAGACACAAAAGGAAAGGAAAGAACAGCAGCCUGAAUCCAGCUCAAAUAUUGAUUUUUGUUCAGAUGUUUCAGUGCUACAUUAUAUAAUAAAACCAUGCAAUUUUCCUAACA